UGAGUGAGAAAGGGAGGGUGAAUCCCAAACAAACACACGCAGCUUCAGCGGAUCUGAUAUUAGUCUUCGUAAUUUUUACAGAAAAGGCAUGGACCACGGCCGGGGUAAAGAAAAAUGCGGUCGAUAACAUUUUAACCCGAGGGUUUGGCGGCUGGUGGAGACAGGUGAUGUAAAACGCGGUACCAUGUGAAUGAUUGAGGAUCAUGAAGCUUGCACACAAACUACUGUUCGUCCUGUGUCCCAUGCUGGUCUUGGGAUUCAUCUACUACUCUUCUGGGAAGCUCCAUUUCUAUGUAUGGGGCCAGAAGCCACAAUAUGAUGAGGAGACCACCGUAAAACUCAUUAAAGUCACUAGCCAUACUACCAAUCCUACUGUGAAACAAGAACCGGUGGUGGAGGGCGCUGUCUCCGUGGGACGAAUAGUAGGCUCAGGUACAGCCUUACAGCAAAGAGUGCACUCUGGUCAACACGAGAACCCCAGCACUUACUAUGGGAGGCCUGUGUUUGAUAAGCAAGGAUUCUUGCUGAAUCCGGACAUAAAGCUGCCUCCAGAGUUGGUGUACCAGUAUGGAAACCUCAGUGAAGGAGCCUGCAAACCUGGCUAUGCAGCUGCCAAAAUGACUGCUAUCUAUCCAAAGUUUAGUAAGCCAGCUUCCAUGUUUCUGGACCGAAACUUCAGGCGGCUUGCAAAAGUUAGCAACUAUUUACCUCCAUUUGGAUUCAAAACACAAGAAAGAAUCAUAGAUGAUAUUUUAACUGUCACAAAGAAUUAUGGACUGGCAGAGUUUGAUGGUUUGAGUUGUAAAAGAUGUGUGAUAGUAGGUAAUGGUGGUAUCCUCAGCAACAAGUCUUUGGGCUCUCGCAUCGACGAAUAUGACGUUGUGGUGAGACUCAACGAGGCACCAGUGAAUGGUUACACCAGAGAUGUAGGUUCGAAGACCACCCUGAGGAUUACCUACCCUGAGGGGGCCAUCCAGAAGCCAGAGCGCUAUGAGAAAGACUCUCUCUUUGUCUUCUCUGCUUUUAAACCCCUUGACUUUAAAUGGCUAAGGCAGAUGGUCUUCAAAAAGGACCUGCAAGGAACUGAGGGCUUCUGGAAGUCUGUAGCGCGUUUUGUGCCCCGGGAUCCCUCAGAGAUUCGAAUCCUUAACCCUUACUUCAUACAGGAGGCUGCCUUCCAGUUUAUUGGCCUACCACAGAACAACGGCCUCAUGGGUAAAGGGAACAUUCCAACACUGGGCACCGUUGCGAUAACCAUGGCCCUGCAUAAUUGUGAUGAGGUCGCUGUUGCUGGAUUUGGCUAUGACAUGAACACCCCUCAUGCACCUUUGCACUACUACGAAACAGUCAAAAUGUCUGCUAUAAAAGAGUCAUGGACUCACAACAUCUCAAAAGAAAAGGAGUUCCUUCGUAAAUUGGUUAAGGCCAAUGUCAUCACAGACUUGACAAAUGGGAUUUUAACCUCCUAAGGUGGGUUCCUUUCCCAGAGGACUAGAUAACAAAGAGUCCUUGGAAACCAGAGAUACACUAAGGAGCAUCAUUUCAGAGGUGGAGGCGAUGACUCAGUUGAGAUGCACACGUGCCUUUAACCGACAGGCUUCCUCUGAGCGGGACAUCGAAAGGUUCUUGAAUGUCUCAGGAGACAUUCCCUGUUCCAGUCUGAUCGCCUCACGACGGAAGGCGAUCCCAGGUGACAAACAAAAACAGUCCUUGAGGAACAAGUCGCAACAUGAACUGAUUGUGCCAAAUGUACCUCUAUAGGAGAUGGCCCUCCUUUUCUGCCUGAAUGUAUUAAUGAUGUAAAUAUAUUUUUACAGUAUGUUUUAAUGAGUCCUGGGAUUUUGCCUUCAUGUGUUUUCCGUCCAGGUCACUCAAUGCGUAUCCUGUUCUGGUUUAUGGAUGGGUAGAGGCAGGUCUUUACUUUAAUUUAGCCCUUCUCCUGAACACAGGAGGCUCUUGAUCUCCUAAAUGUGAGGUUAUUAUGUUACAGCUUAUUUUGUCUAAGAAAGGGGGUAAAUCUCUUAAGUUAUUUAUUUUGGUGCAGUUAAUGGCCUUUAUUUUAUUAAAAGCUUUUUCACCCUGCCAAAAGUCGCUUGCCCGUUGAUUAUGUUUAUAUUGACCAUAAUUAUGUUUAGUAUUAAUAAGAUACAGAGUACCUUUAAGACGGUGCUCUAAAUCACCUGAUGUUAUGAUACACUGCCUUGUUGUAUCCUGCCUUUCAAAGGUAGCUGUUUGAGACAAUAACACCAAUAUUUAUACGUUUUUUGACACUUUUUCUUUAUUAAUUGUCAUGUUAUUUUUAAGAGUACUUGGGUUAAUGCUUUAAAGUUUUGUUCACUAUGAGCUUUCUAAGGAAAAGCUGCAACACUGCCCUGACUCAGUCACAGGCAGGGUACUAGAAACAGGCCAGUGCACACUAGCCAUGUAUUUUCAGUAUUCCUAGGUUUAACAUGUACUACACAAAGAUGUUUACCAGCUACUCAACUCAUCAAACUGAAAACUAGGAUGCAGUCUUCAUCCUGGCUGAUUGAAGUUCAAAUAUCCAUGUAAGAUGUUACUUGCUCACAUAGAAUGGUAUGUUUAUAUUGUACUGUAUACCAGUGGCGAGGCUACAUAGGGGCCCUGGCCCACUCAGAUUGACGGCUGGCCCACUUAGUCAGAAUACUCGCGCAAAAUAAAUUAUGCAUAAAUGAUAAUAAUCUCUUUAAUAAUGAUCACUCAAAUACGCAUCAUUCAGAAAUAAAUAACUAUUUAUAUAUAAAGUUUAUCAUUUGCAUGUGUUUCUAAACCUUGCAAAUGUUAACAUACAAGCCAAUUGUUUCCCAGACAGGGCUUAAGCCUAGUCCCAGACUAACUUAAAUGUAAGUGUUGAUCGAAACAAAUGGCUCUGACAUAUCUUAAAACAUAUCAGUGCGAGUGUUGUGUCUGAAGAUGCACACCAGUCAUGUUUAUUUAUAAAUUAUGCUUUUAAUAAUUUAUCCUAAUUUAACUAAGGCCUAGUCCUGGCUUAAGCUAAUGCCUAAACAGCCCCUUUGAGCAAGAAGAUGUUAAAGUGAGCUGUUUUCUGUGCACACAUACUCAAAUGGACACACACUCAUAAGCGCACGCAUGAAGACGUGCGUUUCAAAAAGCACGCAAACACAAAAUCUCCCUGCCCUUGACAGGACAACACAAAAUUAUCUCGAAAUACCUAAAUCUUGGCAAGUAUUCUCAUAAAAACAGUGAACACAAAUAGUUCAUAAAGAAAUCAAAUGUGUGUGUCAGUAUAUGGAUUUGUGCUUUUUCAUUGUUAAUUUGGCAAUA